GUUAAAAAUUAAAUUCCUUUAAUCCUUGGCUUGAACUAAAUUGUUUCCUCACUUCAUCUUGCACGGUCACUCUCCUUCCUUAUCCAAAUCUUCACUGUCACUCCAUGUAACUAAUCUAACUGUCCUUCAUUCAUUCUCAAGCCCUAAAUUACAUUAAUCUUCAUCGUAGCUAAAGUUGUUCCAGUAUAUCUCUGUGCCUGUCUGUCUUCUUUAAACUGUUGUUCAUUCCUCAUCUCACUCGCUCUUUCUCCCUAGUUGGUGGCUACAUGCCACAGAAGACUGACUGCAUCAUUUUCAGCUGCAGGCUCACACCCACUCCUUUGCUCCAGGAACUGUCAGUGGGAGGCUCUGGCCAUAGCUGCAGUUUUUAGCCCAGGAAACAUUGCAGCAGCUGCAGCACACCUCCAUUCAGAGGUCACAUAAUCCAAGCAAAGCGGAUAGCUCUGGUCACUGAUUUCUGAAUAUGCUCCUCUACUGUUUUUGUAUGCUGGUGAAAUGCAGAGUAAAAACAAAUUAGAUUCACAAGGAAUUAUUAUUGCUAUUAUUUAUCAAGCUCCUGCUAGAUGCAAGGUGCUCUGUAAGCUUAGAGGAAGGCACAGUCCUCGCUCCAAAGAGCGUACAAUCCGAAAGCUGAGACUAACAAUAUGGGGCUAGCCCACAUAAUCCAUCAGCUAAAGGUUCAGGAUCAAAGAAGUGGAGCUGUUUAUGUAGAAUUAUCACUGAAAAGCUUCCUGGGAGAAGCAUGUUUUAAAGAGGGAUGCACAAGAAGAGGGAGGCAUUCUGUAACUACUAUAAAAGAGAUGGAAUUAUUGCAUCCCACCCAGCACUAUUGCUACCUCCACCCCCAAAAUCGCAAAACUUCCCGAUUUGUGUUCAUCAAUAAUUAAGGACCCAUCAGCAAUACUCAAAGGGAGCUUACGUUGCAUUUUUGAGCAGCCAGUUAGUAAUGUACCGUGGAUAGAUCCUCUUUUUCAAAUCCCAGGACACCAGGCCAUGCAAGGCUAGUAUUGCAUUUUCAAUUAGCUUCUGAGUGAAUGCUUGGCAUAUGUAGAAGUGACCUGCUACACAAUUAGAUUAUUGUUCUUUCAGCUUUGUGUGGAGAGGAUCUGAAGGAUUGGAAGGGGGGGGGGGGAAGAGCCAGCCAGAGGCAUCACUGUGGAUAUGGAAUAAGGGAUUGCUCAGCUCCUGCAGAUUCACUUGCUAACUCGGGAGUUACAGCUGUUAUUAGGAAGCAUUCAGUGUGGCUUUAGGGAGUGCGCCAGGGGAUAAUCACUUAGACGACUCUCUGAUUUCUUGUAGUCUGGGCUCUUUUCUCUUCUGAGUCUCCUCAUCAUUAUUAUGGAGCCAAACAGUCCUAAAAAGAUCCAAUUUGCUGUGCCAUUAUUUCAGAGUCAAAUAGAUCCUGAAGCAGCUGAACAGAUCAGGAAAAGAAGGCCCACACCAGCAUCACUAGUUAUUAUGAAUGAACACUCACCCCCAGUCACAGAAUGCCUCCCCUAAGCAGAGGAAGCAGAGUGUGUACGCUCCUCCUGCCAUCAAAGGCAGUGAACAGGCAGAUUCUAUUAAAUGUAAUGGUAAUCACCACUCCUCAGGCACCAUACAGCAGCAGAGAGUAACUGAGGCAGAUGAUCAGCUUAUGAAACCAAGGCGGAAAGAUACACCAUUUCAGCACCAAGCACCGUUUGUUCCAGGGGUUAAACAUCUGAAAAGUCAGAAUGACUCAGCAUUCCCAGAGGAGGAAGAGGGUGUCAAUGAAAGAGAAGAAGAAUGGGACCAUUAAUUAGCAUUGGGCUUGUGUAAGAAAGGUUAUUGUGAAUAACUGAACUGCUAAACUUUCCAUACUUAACGUGGAAUUCCAUUGCUUGUGUUUCUGAAACAUUCUUCAUCGCACCACUCCAGGCACACAUAGCAGGAUGCUUUCCGGGGAGCAUUCCUUGACUGGAUUUUACAGCACUCUGCAAACUUGUCCUGUGAUACUUGUAACUGAAGAUAAACAUUUAUUUUACAGUCAUUUUUCUUUCCUUUUUUAUGACUUAAAAAUGUAAUUGGCAAACAUGUUAGUAAUCUAAUUUCAGUACUGCCAGAGCUUAAUUACUGAAUGUGAUCUGUACUCCAAGACUUAUUGUAAAUAGUACCAAUUUAAAAGUUACAAAUAAAUACUAAAUUCAUUUAGA